AGGCUGUAGCCCACUGGCUCAUCUGGUCCGAUGGAUGGCCGCCCUGUUGGCACUAUGCUGCCUUGCGCUUCCUGGCACCAGCUGGGCGUUUGGAGACUUGGCUAUGCCAGGGCAUCUCGCCGGCUGGCUGAACUCCUCGCUGCACGCCAAGUUCUGGGUUUUGCGGCCGCCGCGAGAACUCCGGCAGCUGCAGGGCCGCGACUUCGAGUGCGAGUACUUUGGCCAUAUGUAUAGCUUUGAGUUUAUGUACCCAGACUUCUUUGAGCUGAACUCACAGUUCCGGGCGGCCAGCGCGGAGGAUGCGGACUUCGUGGUCUUGGAUCACUGCGUCACCUACGCGUACCACGUGCUCCGCUAUGGGGCCGGCUACAACACUGUCAAAUUGACCUGGGAAGCCCUGCGGAUCGUUCAGGAGUCGUACUUGUUGCCCAUCAUUCGCUGGGCUGAGACAACUCCUGCUUACCAGAAAUCCCAGGGCAGGAACUUUGUCAUUGUGUUUGCCAUGGACAAGGGCCGCGUUGACUACCCGAUGGCGUCCAGAGCAACGCAGCACUGGCACGCAAUCACCACCGUUGGAAACGGCACGACUUGGAUGAAGAGGAACUCUCCUUGGCUUUUGCCUGAUGCCGGCGGGAAUGAUCCAUGCAGGGGCCGCACCAGCACCUCAAAGAGGCGGCUGAUCUACUACGAGCAGGACGUGGUGGUGCCGGUGCCCACCGGCUCUGAGUGGGCACCGGAGGCCGAGCAGGUGGAAAACCGCCACCUCCUGCUGUUCUACGCGGCCUCUCCGAACAGCUGCAUCCGAAGGCACCUUGCUCGGCAGCUGGCAGAGUCCGAUGAUGCUGAGGUGCUCGUGAUUCCAAAGCCCAUUCCAAAGAAGCCCUGGAGUGACUUCCUGUACAGGUCAAAGUUCUGCUUUGUGCCGGAUGGCUUCUCCUCGAUCUCUGCCAGGCUGUACGAGGUGUUACUGCAUGGCUGCGUGCCAGUUCUUCUAACGCACGCCUUCCACCCGCCCUUUGAGAGGUUGGUGGAUUGGCGGCGCAUCGCCGUGUUCCUGCGCAACAGCGAGGUGGCUGAUGCCUCGUCAAUUCUGAAAAACAUCAGCGAGGAGGCGCCCGAUGGAUUCGAAGCUGAUUCGAAGCUGAUGCCCCAGGGCAAGCGCGCACGCUUGCAGAGCCGGAACGCUGCCUUUUCGGCGCCCGCGUGGCGAAGGUCGGUCUUGCUGCUACACUUCAAAGAAAGGAGGGGUGCCAAAACAGAAGCCGGAGCACACGGCUUUAUGAGCGCAGACCUGAGCGGGGUUCGAUUCCAGACCAAUGACGGGCAAUGCGAUCAGAACGGAAAGGCCAUGACGACCACGGAGGGGGCGGAGAGCGGCAACUUCGCGGCUGGGGCCACAGCGCUGCUUUCUGUCCCACGGCGUCAAGUGGACCUCCAGUGUGUGAAGCCGCCCAAAGCCUACGAGGCACCGCCGGAGGCCAUCUCUGCGGCAGCGUCGCCCCAACAUCAAAGACUGCCUCCCCCGAAGGCGCUGACCAAAGAUUUGGCCAGUGCAAACGAUGUGGCCGUGGGCCGAGUGGCAAGCGAGCGCGAGCCACCCACAGCGCCAAGCCCAAAAGAAGCAGGUGCGUCGCUGCAAGUGCACAUUAGAUCCGUGGAGUUUGAAAGCUUCGGCUUUGGCACUCCUGGCCUGUUCGAGACCAGCGGGUUCCGGGUCAUGCUGCAACCCGGCGGGCGGCCGCCCGCGCGAUGGGCAGAUGGGCAGCCGGCAACUGCUCGCAAGGAGCUGAAGUACAGCCGAGCCGUCGCCAGUGACGGAAGAUACUCGGCGAAGCUUGCCUGCGAUUUCCAGGAGGAGACGCGCGCGGGUGUGGUGCUAGAUCUGAUUUCCACGUUUGGCUGGCCGUCCGCUUUCGAGGCGUUCGAUGCUUUCGCAAAGCCGUGCGACAUGACCGGCUUUUGCAUAGGGCGCCCGAAAAAUGGAAAGGUGCCGCAGUCACAGUGCAAGCACACUGGCUGCUCGGUGACGCGGAUCAUGUUUCCCGAAGUCGGGCAGCCCUUGGUAGCCAUGCGUGCUGUGCCCUGGCAGCACGAGCAGCGUGAACAGCGUGCGCCACGCAGACGCGGAGCUGGCCGCAGGGGUGGAUGGAAGGGCAAGGAGGAGACCUUGGAAGGCUUGCUGGCAUUGGGCCCCCAUCCUUCUCAAAGUGCUGUGUUCGAUGCAUGCCGCCCUGCUGGAGGGUUCUGGAAGGCCAACCCCCGCGCCGCCACCACGAUCCUGACCGCUCUGGCAAAACGGGGGCUUUGGGAUGUGUCCACAAAGGUCUUCCGCUUCAUGAAGGAUCUGCAAAUGGAGAUUAAUCAGUUCCACUUUUCCAGCAUCAUCAGCGCCUGUGAGAAGCGCGGCAAGUGGGAGAUGGCCCUCUCGCUGUUGGAUGCCAUGGAGGAGGAGUCCGUCCCCCCCUCCGAGUUCUCCUUCAACGCCGCCAUCAGCGCCUGUGCGAAGGGCGGCCGCGCGGAGGUGGCAUUGGACCUGCUGCGGGCCAUGGAAACAUCCUGCACGCCGGAUUGCAUCAGCUACAAUGCCGCGGUGAGCGCUUGUGCGACUGCCAGCCUUUGGAAGAAUGCCCUAGGCAUUCUGCAGGAGAUGCGGCCCAGCACUUCACCGGAUGUGGUGACCUUUGCGAGUGUCCUCACCGCCUGCGAAAAGGCCAAGCAAUGGGAAACCGCGCUGUCCAUCUUCCGGGCGAUGCCGGACGCGCACACGGCGCCCGACACCAUUUGCUACAGCGCCAUCAUUAGCGCAUGUGAGAAGGCUCAGGAGUGGCAGCGGGCGCUGGCAAUUCUACAGGAGAUGACCACAUGGAUGGUGGCGAAGGAUGAAAUCUGCUUAAACAGUGCCAUCAGUGCUUGCACGCAAGGUGCUGCCUGGCAGCAUGCUCUCGGCUUGUCGCUGCAGACGACAUCGUCCUGCCCCAAUGGCAUCAUUUGGGGAGCCAUUGUCCGGGCCAUGCCCGAGCAGGAAGCUACUGAACACACCAGCCGUUUGCGGCGCCAGUGGCAGAAGUGCAGACACACCGAUGACCAGGAUUUGCCAGACACCUCUGGGGAGGAGCUCGUAGUCUUGGGCCAUGCAGAUGGGCUCGCAGCAUUUCAGAAGCCUUUUGGUGUGAGCAGCUCCUCAGCCCUGCAGAUGCUAGGCCACCGGCUCCAGCGGCCCCUUGCGCGGGCCUCGCGCCUGGACGGCGCAACCUCUGGGGUGAUGCCGGUGGCCUUGGGCAAUGAGGCAUCUGCGGCGGCGCAGUGGCUGAACUUCCAAUUUGCUGCCUGCAAGGUCUCCAAGGAGUACGCAUGCCUUUGCUUGGGCGAGCCGCUGGGCGAAGCUGGCACGGAAGGUUUGAUUUCUGGGCGGCUGCUGCCGCAGAAGGAGGAAGGCUUAGCACAGCUGAGGACAAUCUGGUCGCCCAGCGGAAAGGAGGCCAAAACUGAGUACGAGGUCAAAGAACUCCUGCAAUCCCCUGAGGGCGACGCGCUCUCACUGCUCCGGGUGAAGCCGUUGACAGGCCGGACUCACCAAAUCAGAGCCCACCUAGCUGGCAUUGGGCGGCCGCUGGUAGGCGACCACAUCUAUGGCAGCCUCACGAGCUGGUGUCCACGCCUCUUCUUGCACUGCUAUCGCGUCACCCUGCGGGACCUGAAGAACGCGCCCUUCAGACCAAUGGCGAAGCUUGGAGUGGGCUUGGGUAACAACCUCCCAGAGUUUGGGCACACCUUCCUUGGCCGCGUUACCGCCAGCAUUCCGCCAAAGGACGUAGAAGCGAUGCUGCAGAGCUACCCGGUGAAGGUUGACUCCUGCGAUGGCCCCCGGCCCAAAGCGAUGUCUUUGGGCAUGCGGUGGACUGAGGCAGUCAGGCUGUAG